AUGGAAGGAAAAUUUCGGCGUCAUUACGUCAGUCUUCUUCAGUCAUGCAGCGAGAGAAAUCGAGAAACUCUAUGGAGACAAACCCACGGAUUGUUCCUCAAAAAGGGUUUCCUUUGCUCAGUUGUCAUUUUCGCUAAUCAUCUACUCCAGAUAUACUCGCGGUGUGGCAGGAUGGGAACUGCACGGAAACUGUUCGACGAAAUGCCUGAGAGAAACUUUUUCUCGUGGAACACCAUGAUCGAAGGGUAUAUGAAGCUUGGGGAUAAAGGAACUUCUUUGAAGCUGUUUGAUAUGAUGCCAGAGAGAGAUGGGUACUCUUGGAACGUGGUUGUUUCCGGGUUUGCUAAGGCCGGUGAGCUAGUUGUUGCCAGGAGGUUAUUCGACGCCAUGCCGGAAAAAGAUGUUGUGACGUUGAACUCUCUGCUUCAUGGAUACAGCCUAAAUGGUUAUGCCGAGGAAGCUCUGAGGCUGUUUAAGGAAUUGAAAUUAAGCGUUGAUGUGAUCACAAUGACGACACUUCUUGGGGCUUGUGCCAAGUUGGAAGCUUUGAAAUGCGGGAAGCAGAUACAUGCUCGGAUUCUCAUCGGUGGUGUUGAAUAUGACACGGUAAUGAAUAGUUCUUUGGUUAAUAUGUAUGCAAAGUGUGGUGAUUUGAGAAUGGCUAGCAAUUUGGUGGAUCAGAUUGGGGAACCUGACGACCAUUCUCUCUCUGCCCUAAUUCUAGGUUAUGCAAGCUGUGGGAAAGUGAAUGAGUCUAGAAGACUUUUCGAUAGGAAACGUAACAGAUGUGUCUUUCUAUGGAACUCUAUGAUUUCGGGUUAUGUUGCCAACAAUAUGGAAACGAAGGCAUUGCUUCUUUUCAAUGAGAUGAGAAAUGAAGCAAGGGAAGACUCUCGUACGCUGGCACUCGUUAUAAAUGCUUGCGGCGGUGUGAGUAUCCUAGAGACUGGUAAACAAAUGCACGGUCAUGCUUAUAAAUUUGGGUUAGUUGAUGACACUGUUGUAGCUAGCACAUUGCUUGACAUGUACUCAAUGUGUGGAAGCCCAGUGGAAGCUUGCAAGAUUUUCAGUGAGGUCAAAACCUAUGACACGAUUUUACUGAACUCUAUGAUCAAGGUAUAUUUCAGCUGUGGAAGAAUCGAAGAUGCAAAACGGGUGUUUGAGAGAAUUGAAGAUAAGAGUUUGAUUUCGUGGAACUCAAUGACUGUAGGAUUCAGUCAAAAUGGUUGUCCAGUUGAAACUUUAGAGUAUUUCCACCAAAUGCACAAGCUGGAUUUGGCUACAGAUAAGUUUAGCCUCUCCAGUGUCAUUAGUGCGUGUGCAAGCAUUUCAUCUCUGGAACUUGGUGAGCAGGUUUUUGCUAGGGCUACUAUUGUUGGACUUGACUCUGAUCAAAUAGUAUCAUCCUCUCUCAUUGACCUCUACUGCAAGUGUGGAUCUGUGGAGGAUGCCAGGAGAGUAUUUGACACAAUGGUAAAAUCAGAUGAAAUACCAUGGAACUCGAUGAUAUCAGGUUAUGCUACGAAUGGUUAUGGAUUUGAAGCGAUUGAUUUGUUCAAGAAGAUGUAUGUUUCUGGUAUAAGACCCACUCGGAUCACCUUUAUGGGUGUUCUAACAGCGUGUAAUUACUGUGGUUUAGUGGAAGAGGGAAGGAAAUUGUUUGCGGCAAUGAAGUUGGAUAAUGGUUUUGUUCCAGACAGAGAGCACUUUUCAUGUAUGAUCGACCUUUUGGCUCGUGCUGGUUAUCUUGAAGAAGCCAUAGCUCUUGUAGAAGAGAUGCCUUUCGAUGCCGAUGCAAGCAUGUGGUCAUCUGUUCUAAGAGGAUGUGUAGCUAAUGGAUAUAAAGCAAUGGGGAAGAAAGUUGCUGAGAAGAUUAUAGAGCUCGAACCUGAGAACUCAGUUGCUUAUGUGCAGUUGUCCACCAUAUUUGCAAACUCUGGAGAUUGGGAAAGCUCGGCACUUGUAAGAAAACUGAUGAGAGAAAAGCAUAUAAAAAAGAAUCCAGGUUCUAGUUGGGCUGAUUGUUAAAUAUUGCUGAACUUUUUAUGGUAAACUUACAACAAAACAUUAUAGC